UCAGACGUAACUAAACAAUUGAUGAUGAUGCAAAAUACUGCGAUAUAUUGAUAAAUUAUACGCCUUUGGUCCCCAGAAAAAAACAUCGCAUUUAGAAUAAAUCUGGAUAUAAAAAGGAUCGAGAUCAGUUUAUUAAUUAAGUAGCGGACGAAAUUCUUCUUAUUUUUUAUGCCAGGCCUAAGUACUCGCUCACAGAGAAAUGUUUGUCAAUGACAGACGCUAGCAAACGUUAGGUAAAGUCAUGGCUUUGGUCAAACAAAGUUAUUUUAUUGCGGGUCGUUUCUCCAGCAACCACCGGUGGUUGAAUCCCAAAUGCAACAAACAUGUGUACGCCGUCAGCGGACUGACCACAGCGGCCAGGUCAUCCCAGACACAGAAGGACCGCAAGAAGGAGCUGUCCGAUGACGGGCCCGACCUCCAGGACUUUAUAUCCGGGGAGCUGUCUGAGAAGAACAGCUGGGAGGAGUACAGGGGUAACCUGAAGAGACAGAAGGGAGAGAGGCUGAGACUUCCCCCUUGGCUGAAGACGGAGAUUCCUAUUGGCAAGAACUACAACAAGCUGAAGGACACACUGAGAGACCUCAACCUACACACGGUGUGCGAGGAGGCCAGGUGUCCUAACAUUGGGGAGUGUUGGGGAGGAGGGGAACAUGGUACGGCCACAGCCACCAUCAUGUUGAUGGGGGACACAUGUACCCGUGGCUGUAGGUUCUGCUCUGUAAAGACUGCUCGUCAGCCCUCUCCCCUGGACCCAAAUGAGCCCUAUAACACAGCCAAGGCCAUCGCUGCCUGGGGCCUGGACUAUGUGGUGCUGACCUCUGUAGACAGAGACGAUAUUGCCGACGGAGGGGCGGAGCACUUUGCCAAGACGGUCUCCAACCUGAAGGAGAGGAACUCUCAGAUCCUUGUGGAAUGUCUGACCCCUGAUUUCCGAGGCGACCUGGCAGCGGUGGAGAAGAUCGCCCAAUCAGGGCUUGACGUUUACGCCCACAAUGUGGAGACAGUCCGCGAGCUGCAGAGACAUGUACGUGAUCCGCGGGCGAACAUCGACCAAUCCCUGAUGGUCCUGCGUCACGCCAAGGCCGUCAAACCAGACGUUCUCACCAAGACCUCCAUCAUGUUGGGUCUGGGAGAGACGGACCGACAGAUUUAUAACACACUGACCGAGCUGAGAGAGGCAGGAGUGGAUUGUCUAACACUGGGACAGUACAUGCAGCCCACCAAACGCCACCUCAAGGUGGAAGAGUAUGUAACCCCUGAGAGGUUUGGUCACUGGGAGGAGGUGGGGAAGGAGUUGGGAUUCGUCUACACAGCUAGCGGACCCUUAGUACGCUCCUCAUACAAAGCAGGUGAGUUCUUCCUGAAGAAUCUGUUAGAGAAGAGGAAGGCGGCGGCAGAAUAAUCUGAUCACCUGGACUCACCUUUUUACCUGAAUACUGACGACUGGGACAUCUCCUCCUUUUAGGUUCCUCUGUCCCUCCAUAAAGCUCAUCUAGAUACACUGUAUUACAAUAGAAUAUACUACAAUAUAAAGUUCCUCCAAUCCAGAAUAUGAGCUACUACAGGACUCUGUUCAUGUUGAUGUCUCGCUCUGUACAUUAUAACCAGGGAUGUAGUGGGGGUAAUUGAGAAGGUAAAGGGGGGUAAUUACCUGGGAAGAUAAAGGAGGGUAAUUACCUGGGAAGAUAAAGGAGGGUAAUUACCUGGGAAGAUAAAGGAGGAUAAAUACCUGGGAAGAUAAAGGGGGGUAAUUACCUGGGAAGGUGAAGAGGGGUAAAUACCUGGGAAGGUAAAGGAGGGUAAUUACCUGGGAAGGUGAAGGGGGGUAAAUACCUGGGAAGGUAAAGGAGGAUAAAUACCUGGGAAGGUAAAGGAGGAUAAAUACCUGGGAAGGUAAAGGAGGAUAAAUACCUGGGAAGGUAAAGGAGGAUAAAUACCUGGGAAGGUAAAGGAGGGUAAAUACCUGGGAAGGUAAAGGAGGAUAAAUACCUGGGAAGGUAAAGGGGGGAUCGACCCUCCACUCCGCCACUGGCUAUAGACGUAUGAUUCACAUCAGUCAGCAACACGUAUAUUCACACAGUCAACCAACGCAUCAGGAGGGUAGAGGGGGGACCACUUAAGGUCAGGUUGGACAAUAGGGGGGACUGAUUUAAGUGGGACACCCAUGGUGUGUGCAAAGGGAAGGAAAGUGUUGGAAUGGCAGUCCUAUCAUAUUCACUACAAGUAGUCCACUAUUAUGGGGAAUAGUUCACCAGUAGUCCACUAUUAUGGGGAAUAGUUCACCAGUAGUCCACUAUUAUGGGGAAUAGUUCACCAGUAGUCCACUAUUAUGGGGAAUAGUUCACCAGUAGUCCACUAUUAUGGGGAAUAGUUCACCAGUAGUCCACUAUUAUGGGGAAUAGUUCACCAGUAGUCCACUAUUAUGGGGAAUAGUUCACCAGUAGUCCACUAUUAUGGGGAAUAGUUCACCAGUAGUCCACUAUUAUGGGGAAUAGUUCACCAGUAGUCCACUAUUAUGGGGAAUAGUUCACCAGUAGUCCACUAUUAUGGGGAAUAGUUCACCAGUAGUCCACUAUUAUGGGGAAUAGUUCACCAGUAGUCCACUAUUAUGGGGAAUAGUUCACCAGUAGUCCACUAUUAUGGGGAAUAGUUCACCAGUAGUCCACUAUUAUGGGGAAUAGUUCACCAGUAGUCCACUAUUAUGGGGAAUAGUUCACCAGUAGUCCACUAUUAUGGGGAAUAGUUCACCAGUAGUCCACUAUUAUGGGGAAUAGUUCACCAGUAGUCCACUAUUAUGGGGAAUAGUUCACCAGUAGUCCACUAUUAUGGGGAAUAGUUCACCAGUAGUCCACUAUUAUGGGGAAUAGUUCACCAGUAGUCCACUAUUAUGGGGAAUAGUUCACCAGUCGUCCACUAUUAUGGGGAAUAGUUCACCAGUCGUCCACUAUUAUGGGGAAUAGUUCACCAGUCGUCCACUAUUAUGGGGAAUAGUUCACCAGUAGUCCACUAUUAUGGGGAAUAGUUCACCAGUAGUCCACUAUUAUGGGGAAUAGUUCACCAGUAGUCCACUAUUAUGGGGAAUAGUUCACCAGUAGUCCACUAUUAUGGGGAAUAGUUCACCAGUAGUCCACUAUUAUGGGGAAUAGUUCACCAGUCGUCCACUAUUAUGGGGAAUAGUUCACCAGUCGUCCACUAUUAUGGGGAAUCGGGGGCCAUUUUGAGACGAAGCUAGAGAACGGUCUCCGUUUUAACUCCACAACACGAUACCCAGACGAGAGAGAAUGACUGAGGGGUUUGAAAUGUGUUGCUAUGUGAUCGACGUGUUGCUAUGUGAUGUGUUGUUUUAUAAUGACUCACGGUUGUAUAUUAAAGCAUUUACUUAACAAUCCUG